UGCUGGUGCUGCUGCUGCUAUUGCUGUUCUUGUUAUUGUUGUUUUUGUUGAUCUGAUAUUAAUUAUGAUUUAAUUGAUGCGAGCGAGCGACAGCAAAAUAUUGAUUGAUUGAUUAGCGCCAUGUCUACGCGUCGCGCUCAAUCUCUACCACCGCAUAUGCUUGAGCAAACGAAACCAGAACGCGGUCGUUGUGUGACGGCCAUCUGUUUCUCUUGGAAAGUAAUCACUUGCAUUGUAUCGCACGUGACCUUAAUUUUACUCGUCGUCUCAUAUUGUGUCGGCGGAGCCUAUUUAUUUCGUUAUUUAGAGAGACCCCACGAAAUUGAGGUUAAACAAGGGAUACACUAUAUGCGCUUAAAUUUAACUGAGAAAAUUUGGAGAUCAUCGGAUAAUGUUUCCGUAUUGAAUGAAAGCGAUUGGAUAGCCGAUGUGAAGAAGGAUUUAGCAAAUUUUGAGAAGCAAAUAUUAACAGUUAUGAAGUCGGAUGGUUGGGAUGGCGAUGAAGACAUAACGAAAUCGCAAUGGACAUUUGCCGGAUCUUUGUUUUAUUCAAUAAUUGUCAUAACAACGAUAGGUUAUGGACACAUUUCGCCGCGUACCGAUUGGGGAAAGGUUACAACAAUUUUUUAUGCCAUUAUCGGUAUACCAUUAAUGCUAUUAUGUCUGUCUAAUAUAGGCGACGUAAUGGCUACGUCGUUUCGUUUCAUUUAUUGGCGUGUAUGUUGUUAUGUAUGCACACGAACUUCAAAACGUUCGCGGCAACGCAGUCGCCAACGAUCGGUAAGAGCACAGCGAUUCUCGUCACGUUCUCAACCGCCACCUUAUCGGAGAUCAAUUAAGUUAAGUCAGCGUUCAUCAAAUUCGGCCGGCCUUCCACAUGCCUACUCAGAUCCCGAAUUGCGAACAGGUGUACGAGAUUUCGAAUAUGGCCGUACACCUAGCAAACAUACGCACAAUACAGUCGAUCGACGCAACGAUCGCCGCCACCAGCACCAACAUCAACAUACAAUCGCACCACCGUCUUUAAGUCGAGGUGGUAGUACCCGUAAUUCUCAUAUCUAUGACGAUAGCCAGACUUUAGUCGACGAUGAUGUUGUAUAUACGCAAACAAUGAAUAGAGCUUCUCGUUUUAAUAGUCGUCAAAAAAAUCGUGAUCGUAUACAUGACCGCCAUACCAUUGAACGUGAGCGUUAUCUAAGCCAUUCUAAGCAACGAUUUGAUUCGACAGACGAUUUAAUGGAAUUUGCACCCGCUGUUAAACGUACUCUGAGUGUUAGAAAUUUACCUAGGGAUGAAGUAAUCCGCGAAUCAAGGGAGACACGUGAACUGAAUCGGCUUAACACUCAACAUCAGAGCAGAGGACGUUCCGUAAAUCAUCAAGUAAAUAGUAAUAGUAGAGGACGAGCCAAAUCGGUAGAUCCUCGUUUAUCGUUAGCACAUUAUGAAGAACUCGAUGAGGAGUUAAUACGAAAAACUCCCAUUAUAACGAAUCGUUACGCCAUCAGUGAACUGGAACAGAGAAAACAUCAUCACAAAGAUUCACGCAGUUAUUCUACACCAAGAGCAGCCUUUCACAGAAAUCAAUUAAAUCAUACUGAUCAACGCCAACAAUCCUAUGCUGAUAGCCAGCAAAAUCAUCACUGUGAGCGUCAGCAUUCUAAUUACACCUCGCAAGGUCAACGGCGAGCUAGUAUAAAUAGACCAAUUUCGAUGGGGCCGCAUUCGAGUAAUCGCUAUCGUAAUCAUCUAGAGUUACCAGAAUUUAAAUCAUCUCAUCGUCUGAAACAGACGCCCUCAUCACAUCGCAGCCAUAACGCGUAUGACGAAGAAUACGAUGAUGAAUAUUUUGAAGAAACUGAUUAUCGUGUAAAUGAGACAAGGAUGAGGGAAUACGAUGACGAAUAUGAUUAUGGACGGGGGUCCGUUUCUCAUUAUCGGGAUCGGAAACCCCGAAAAGACAAACCAGAUCGUUUACCGCCUUCCCCGCGCAUUAUGUCACCAAUGGGUUUUGCUGUAAAACGUCAAGUACGUCGCCGUCCCAGUUAUGAAUACGAUGAAGAUUCGUUAUAUGGUGAUGAAUGGAGUGAUUAUUACGGUGAUAUCUCACCUAAAGAUCGUCCAGUACCGAUAUGGUUAUGUGUUUUUUUAGUUAUCAGUUACAUAUUAGGCGGAGCCGCCCUGUUUGCCUAUUGGGAGGAAUGGUCUUUUCUCGAUUCCGCAUAUUUUUGCUUUAUAACCUUAACAACUAUAGGUUUCGGUGAUUUCGUGCCUGCCAAAGGUGUAAAAGACGAAUCCGAGCAAUCUAUUGCCUAUUGUUCGCUGUAUCUAUUGUUCGGUAUUGCUUUACUAGCCAUGAGCUUCAACUUAGUGCAAGAAGAGUUUAUAGCUAAUGUUAAGGAGGUAGCUAGACGUUUAGGUAUUUUAAAAGAUGAAGAUGAUGAUGACGAUUAAGAUGUUUAAAAAAACUUUUAUUUUAUUUUAAUUGCAUU